UCGUAGUAGUUCUUCACGCACUAUCUAUAAAUCUAUAUUUAAGUCUGCCAACAAUCACUUCUUUAAUUGGCAACAGAAAAGAGCCUGCCAACUAGUCUUUCCCAGAAAACGAUCCGUCCCACACGAAACUCAUGCACUUGACCCCUAUCAAAAAUCUCGGGUCCAACCCACAAAUAAAGCCAACGGACGCGUAACUGUAUCUUCAACAUUCUCUCACAUUAAGCUCACAGCAAAAAAUGUCACCGGCAGCAUCUAAACCUGACAAAACCACCCAAGACGCUUCAUCUUCGCCGUCUGUUGCUCAAGAAUGCCCUUCCGGUCUUGUCAAGCUAGUGCUUUUGGAGCUCAACAUUCAACGUGGAAUAGCCAUUCCGUUGAUGGUCAUGAACUUAGCUUGGUUCGCCAAGACAGCCAUCACCACUGCUUUUCUGGGCCGCCUUGGGGAGCUCAACUUAGCCGGCGGUGCCCUGGGUUUCACUUUUGCCAAUGUUACUGGCUUCUCUGUUUUGAACGGUCUGUGCGGUGCCAUGGAACCCAUCUGUGGACAAGCUUAUGGUGCCAAAAACUUCAGGCUACUUCACAAGACUCUUCUCAUGACAAUCCUCUUAUUGCUCGUCUCAACACUUCCCAUCUCUUUCUUGUGGCUUAACAUCGAAAAGAUCUUAAUUCGUUUUGGCCAACAGAAAGAUAUUUCUGUCGUGGCCAGAACCUAUGCCAAAUAUCUCAUCCCCGACUUGGUAGUCGCCUCAUUUCUCUGUCCCUUGAAAGCCUACUUGAGCUCUCAAAGCAUAACUGUUCCGACCAUGUUCAGUUCAGCUCUAGCUCUUGCUUUUCACAUACCCGUAAACAUGGUCCUCACAAAGGCUAUGGGGCUCAGAGGAGUCGCCAUGGCAGUUUGGAUAACCGACCUGAUAUUUGUGGUUCUAUUGGGCAUUUAUGUCUCGAUUCUUGAAAACAGGAAGGAGAGCAGGUGGAAGGAAGGAGGUUGGUGGGACCACAGCAUUGAGACUUGGAUAACGCUGCUGAAGCUCAGUGGGUCAUGCUGUUUCUAUACCUGCCUUGAGUGGUGGUGUUAUGAGAUUCUAGUCUUGCUCACCGGCCACCUUGCAGAAGCUAAACAAGCUGUAGGAGUUUUAACCGUCGUGCUCAACUUCGACUAUUUGUUAUUGUCAGUUAUGUUAACGCUGGCCACCUGUGUUUCGACCCGUGUGUCCAAUGAGCUCGGCGCGAACCGAGCGGCCCAAGCCUACCGGUCCGCCUGUGUGUCUCUAGGAGGGGGCAUAUUGUCAGGUUGUAUGGGCAGCUCGGUGAUGGUGGGUGCGAGGGGAAUAUGGGGCCCACUGUUCAGCAAUGACAAAGGAAUCAUAAGGGGAGUGAAGAAGAAGAUGAUGCUGAUGGCUCUUGUGGAAGUGUUUAAUUUUCCUCUAGCUGUUUGUGGAGGCAUAGUUAGGGGAACAGCACGACCAUGGUUAGGCCUGUAUGCGAAUCUGGGUGGAUUUUAUCUCCUGGCUCUGCCUUUGGGUGUGGUUUUUGCCUUCAAGCUCCAUCUUGGGCUCAGUGGACUAUUAUUUGGACUUGCGAUUGGUAUCUUCGCCUGCUUGAUGCUCAUACUGGUACUUAUUGCCAGGAUAAAUUGGGACGAGGAGGCUCGCAAGGCACAAGCGCUAACUUCAAGCGUGCAGCACCAAGAAGUGUUUGAUGAAAAUGAACGAACAGAGGCCAUUGAAAAUGUUAAAAGUACAACAAGAAGUUCAAUUUAAAAACAUGUACGUCCGCAUCACUAAUACCCAGCUUAACCAUGCAGCAGACUGGGCCCCUAAUUUCUGUAGAUUAGUUGAGUUUUUUCACCCAGUUCAUCUUCAUUCUUUAGUGCCUCCGCCAUCUUGAGAUGGUCGCUAUAAACCACAAAUUGACAGUCAUUGUGCUCCAGAAUGUCUGUUCUUUUUUGCAUUAUGGAGUGCGUUGUUUGUUGUU